AUGUCGAUGAAGAGGAAGAGCUUUUUCGUCAAACUGAUGAAGUUGGUCGGCAAAGGAAAUCAAGUACAAUCGUCAAAACUGUGUUUGGCACAAAUUUAUGAGGAGAGAAAAAAGCAGCGACAGAGGUCAUCUCUCUCCUCACAUCUAAGUCAUAUUGAACCAAUGCCGACAAUUCUUGAGGAGGAUGAGUCUCCGUUCACCACCUAUGAGGAGUACUCACGAAUUUAG